AAACAAACAAAACAAAGUAAUGAUAAGAAUACCUAAAGUGAUCGGUUAAAGAGCUUUAUUGUUGAUCUUAUGUUUUCGUCACCCUUUCUAAAGCAUACCGGCCAUAUACAGAUCUGUUCAGAAAACUUGAGAGCCGUGGACAGCCUGUAGGGAUUCACAUUUUCAGAUGUAAACAGAGACAAUACAAGGAAAUAGGAAGCCCCCUGUUCAUAGCACAGGCGUCCAGAAGUUUCCCAGAAAACUCAUGUGAAAGUUGAGCGACAGAGCUCACAGCUCAGGUCUGAAAGAAGAGAUUUGGUCACCUGGGACCUGGAAAAAUCUUAAGUAAUGGCUGAAGCAAUACCACUCCGAGAGAAGAAGCAGAGAACUCUACCUCGGUCUGAUGGGUGUGGUCUGAAUAACUUUGACGCUCUGGACUUGUCUGGAGGUUUGAGGAUAGUCCUGGUGGGCAAGACUGGAUCAGGAAAGAGCGCGACAGGAAACACAAUCCUUGGCAGAGCUGCCUUCAAAGAAGACCCGAGCCCCGUAUCUGUUACCAAGCACUGUGAGACAGAACGUGGGGAGGUGGAUGGGACUGAGGUCCAGGUGAUUGACACUCCAGGUCUGUUUGAUACAGCCAUCUCAGAGGAAGAAUUAAAAACCAGAAUAGAGGAGUGCGUCAAGAUGUCAGUGCCCGGCCCUCACGCCUUCCUACUGGUGAUCAGACUCGGCGUGAGGUUCACGGAGGAGGAAAGAAACGCUGUGAAGUGGAUCCAGGAUAACUUUGGAGACGACGCCUCCAUGUACACUAUCAUGCUGUUUACGUGUAAGGAUCAAGCCAAAGCUGACAACGCUUUGAAAGAGUGCAAGGAGUUGCGGAGACUCUCGAUCACAUUCGGACGCAGAUACCACGCCUUCAACAACAACGACGCCGAUGACCGCGUGCAGGUCACGGAGCUGAUCACCAUGAUCAAAGAAAUGGUACAGGAUAACGGGGGCAAGCACUACACGAACGAGAUGUAUGAGAAGGCCCAGAGGAAGCUGAGGGAGGAGGAGGAGAGGAAGAAGCAGGAGGAGGAAGAGAAGAAAGAGGAGGAGAGGAAAAUAUGGGAUGCAGAGAGGGAAAAGCAAGAGAAAGAGCGAGAAAAGGUGAAAAAGGUCAGAAGGAAGAACAUACGUGUGGCCUCGGCUGCUGCUGUUGUGCUGGUGUUAGCUGGGGCCAUUAUAGCGGUCGGAGCUGAAACCACAGUGGCUUUGGCUCUAGGAGCUCCUGCACUCCUCCUGGGAGUGUUAUGUGGCUUAGCUGCCAUUUUGAUAUGGAAAGGCAUAAAAUGCAAACCCAAAGCUAGUGUUCCUGUAUAACUAUAACCGAAUGUACAGUAGAAAUAUUCCAAAUACAGCAUUAACACAACAUGUUACUAUACUGUUUAGAACAAAUCAGUGAAUGACGUGUUUUGGCCUUUAUUUUUUGCAUUCUGCUUCUGAAAUUUUGACCCAACAUUGCCAUAACAGAAGUAUGUGAAAUUAAUAGUAAACGGUAUGAAAUUCAGUGUUCUUUUUGUUUUCUUUUCACUCGCUUUUUGUGUGAAACCUAUAUAUGGAUAUGAGUUAUACUUGAACAGAUAUUUUGAAUUGAGUCCUAAUAAAUAAUAUUUAGAGCAUAAAAUUUGUAAAUAAAUUUUUUCCCCAACAGUUUAUACUUUAUUAACUUAUGUGAUAAUUUCUCAAAUAAAACAACUACGCCGAUGAA